AAUAUCCAUGCAUCUACAAUGUAUGUAGAUUCUACAUACAUAUUUGUGUGUGUGCAUAUAUUUGUAUUUGUAUAUAGCACUAUGACAUUUGCAUACCAAUGCUACUCGUUUUUUACUACGUUUACUUUUAUAUUAUCAUUUAGAUUAGCAUCCCAACCCGACUUUAAGAUUAAAUUGCGCUAGCAUGAUCGCAUAAAAACUGGUUAGGUGAGAAAUUAAUUACUCAGAAACGCUUCACAAUUUUUUUCAGUCGGAAUAUUCAUCCCUUCAACUUGACAGUUUUACCUUAGGACCCGAUGAAUAUUUGCAUAAAUACAUAUGAAUCAGAAGAUGCAACAUUUGGGUACAUAAUAAGGACUGUAAUUCGCUGGAAUUGCUUUUCUUAUCACAUUAACUCCAUCAAUCAAUCAACUAAUGGAGAGUUGAUAUAAUGUCAGCAUGGAAUACAUAAAUUAGACGCAGUUGCAACUAUUUUCCUGUUUGUAAACUUGGGCGUUUUGUUACCAAACCGAUUUUAUAAUUGCAAAAGCUACUUCCACACAGCAAAGAUAAGAUGCGAGUACAGUGGGAAAAAUUGUUUACAAGUGCAAAGAAUGUGAACAAUGACAAAGAACAUAAGAUAUAUUUUAUUGGAUGUGAAAUUUUAUAUACUUAUUUUAACAUUCGGUUUCGGAAAAUACAUGUUGGGAAAGAAAAUGUCCGCAUAAAAUUAAAUAAAUAUUUCUGGCUAUAUAGUUUAGAUCAUCAUGAUGUCUGCACAGGUUAAAAUCUACAACGUUGAGCUUUUCUCAACCCCAAAUUCAAAAUUCACCAAGUACAAUUCUAAAGCUUUCCAGUAUUUCCAUAUAUUUUCGAAAUACUCGUACUCCAUCCUCAUGUGUCCGUACAAGGUCGAAGUUCGUGAUUCCGGAAUAUUCGUAAAAUCUAAUUUCUUUCAAAAGGUUAACUUUAGCCAUCAUUUCAGAUACCGCACAACUCAUCUAAAAUGUCUCUUCUUAAUCACUGGCAGGCACUCUGCUGUAUUUUUCAACUGGUCACACUAAUGGUGUCCUUGUCGCAUAUGUGGACAGUUAUUGGGCAUCGUCGCAAAAAGCUCUCGGACGAACCUCUCUUGUGGUUUUGCAUGGUCGCGGAAGUGACGCCCAUCAUUAAUUUCUUGUUAAUGAUUCAUUUCAUCUGGUUCAAACAGCACGGGAUUGUCUUUCUCUGCAAGUCGACAUUCAACAUGGCAGCUCCACCGCUGCUCUUGGACACUGUGGAGCAGCUGAAAAUGUGGGUGUACUUGACCUUCACCACUCUGCUUGCCUUGUCUUAUGACAUUUACUACUUGACGCUGGGCAUUGCCCGAGGAAAUUUUUCGCUUACUCUGAUUGCGAUUGACCUGAACCAGCAGAGUAUCCCAUUCUGGAACAGUGCGUGGUUAUUGUUGACCACCAAUUCUCUCCCGUACGGAGUCGGAGUUGCAUUAAAUAUGCUGAAAUUCGCACUGGCCUGCCUGAUAUUGAUCUAUCAACGGAUCUUUCUAAUCUAUGCACUUUUCCAUGUCUCACUAAUGACCUGCUACAUUGUCAAACAAAUCGGGAAUGAAAUUAUAAACCUCCUGAGGGAUCAUCCCACUCUGCCAAUCAGCAACGUGAUGGACGUGUACAAGCGGCUGUACGCCCUGAUGCGUGAUAUAAACCAGGCCGUGUCCUCCUUGGUGUUUGGGACCGUUCUCAACGCCCUGGUUCACUUUAGCAAGCUGCUGCUCAUUAUUCUCGACUCGGAUGUGUUCAUGGCGCAAGUGGCAACUUUCAUCGAGUCUGCCUGGGUGUUCCUGCUCCUGGUGUGCGCUGCAGAGGGGGAAGAAAAUAUUCGCGUGUUUCAAACCUAUCUUCUCAACAAUGCUGAGCGAUAUGAGAAAAAUGUUAGUACCGUGGUGGCAUUAGAAAAUGCAACGUCCAAACCCCUUGGGCUCAAAGCCUUGAGGUUCACAAUAACCCACGGAUUAAUUGUCACCGUAUUCAGUACUUCCUUGACCUACUUUAUAAUUAUGCUGCAACUAAUGUCGUCAUCUUCUACAAUGAAAUCAUGCUGAGUCGUAAUUAUAAAACUUGGUAAAAUGGUGAACAAGUGAAACUAUUUUAAAUAAAGUUAAUCGAAUUUCCUACAACUUCAUCCUUCAAAAGAUAAAAACAAGACACACGACUUUCUUAUUAAGGAUUCGAAUGUCUUUACUAGGUCACUGAGGUCAACGCAUUGCAAUUUCAUACAAUUUCAUGUCCAACAUGGGAACCUAAAUCCCGCCAUGAAAGUCUGGCAGCCAGCAGAAAAUAUAUCUUCUCCGGUUUUGCUAAAGUUGUUCAAGUUUGCAGUUGGGAAGUUGAAUUUGAAAUCGUCGUAUU